AUGGACGCGAAGUUGUUCAGGAGGUUAGAGACAUGUAACGCGGAGGAAAGCUGGGCUAAAGUUAAAGAUGUGAUCACCAUACAGCUCAUGGGCGAUGACAUCAUCCCAGUGCCGUUCUUGCGAGAGGCGGAGAACUUCAGCCUAGGUCACAUGAUACUGAAGGAGCGCUGCGGACGCGUGGAAAAGAUGACGGGGGUCAUCCCCACCGCACUUCCUGUUGGACCGUUCUCCAAGUUUGUAACCAUGACUCCGGAAAAUGAUCUCAUGCAGAGGUUGGGCAAUGUACAACGGCGGGCAGACGCGCACCUGAACCAGUCUUACGAGUUCCAUGAGAGCGACAUGAAGCAUGGGGUGAAGAAAGAAAUAACCGUCCAACUCUGGGCUUGUCAGCAAUGGGCUAUCGAAUACACGCCUAAGCCCGGAGAGAUAGUACUGGACAUGGUCAAAACAGGCUACAAGGACUUCGAUCGUGUGUACUUAAUCACGGAAUGUUUCUACGUGACGGAGGCCAAGAUCCAACUGACCAUUGCAGACAAGCAGGACACAUACCUUAUAAAAGGUCAGAUCCCAGUGGGAUUUAAGAUGGUGAAGUAUAAGCUGCACCCCAACGGGACCUUGGGCACAUGCAAGCAAGUAAGCACGAGGAAAUGGCGCGUUAACUGGAUCAAGGGUAAAUCACUCGAUGAGCACGAGCAGGGAUCCUCCAAACAGUGGUAG